GCGCCUCCUCCCCGGGCAGGGGGACCUGGCAGGAGGGCACUGGGCGUGCAGCCUCCUGCCCGCUGUGCUGGCCGGCCUUGCCCCGGGGGCCGCGCGGGGCGGAGACUGGGCGGCGGGGGCGGGCGCCAGUCUAGGUGGCAGAUCCGCGCGCAGCCCUCGCCAACCGAACCUCGCAGAGCAGCUGCCGCCACCGCGCGCCCCUGGCUCGGCCGCAGUGGCCUCUGGCCGGGUCUCCAGGGGGCAGCGACUCCGCACGCCGCAGGCUCCGGAAAGGAGACACCUGCAUUUGCCACAAUGCUCUCAUCCAGUGACUUUGCAUCUGCUUCUUGGGAGCUUGUGAUUCAAGUUGACCAUCCAAAUGAAGAGGAGCAGAAGGACAUCACACUGAGAGUGUCUGGAGACCUGCACAUUGGGGGAGUGAUGCUCAAGUUAGUGGAACAGAUCAACAUAGCCCAGGACUGGUCGGACUUUGCCCUUUGGUGGGAACAGAAGCACUGCUGGCUUCUGAAAACGCACUGGACCCUGGACAAAUGUGGGGUCCAGGCAGAUGCAAAGCUUCUCUUCACCCCUCAGCAUAAAAUGCUUCGCCUCCGCCUGCCCAACAUGAAGACAGUGAGACUGCGAGUCAGCUUCUCGGCCGUGGUCUUCAGAGCGGUCAGUGAUAUCUGCAGAGCCCUGAAUAUUAGAAGAGCAGAAGAAGUUUCCUUGUUAAAGCCUUCUGGUGAAUAUUUUAAAAAGAAGAAAAGAAAAGAAAAAAAUAAUAAGGAGCCCAUAAUUGAAGAUAUUUUAAGCCUGGAGUAUUCUCCAACAAAUUCAGGUCUACCAGUAAGUCCUGGCUUAUACAGUAGAACCGUGACCCCCACAUAUGACCCCAUCAAUGGUACGCCAGUGUCAUCCACAAUGACUUGGUUCAGUGACAGCCCUUUGACUGAACAAAACUGCAGUAUCCUUGCAUUCAGCCAGCCCCCUCAGUCACCAGAAGCUCUUGCUGACAUGUACCAGCCUCGGUCUCUGGUUGACAAAGCCAAGCUUAACGCAGGUUGGCUAGACUCCUCACGUUCCCUUAUGGAACAAGGCAUCCAGGAGGAUGAGCAGCUGCUGUUACGAUUUAAAUACUACACUUUCUUUGACUUGAAUCCCAAAUACGAUGCUGUCCGAAUAAACCAACUCUAUGAACAAGCCAGGUGGGCCAUUCUCUUAGAAGAAACUGACUGCACAGAGGAAGAAAUGUUGAUCUUUGCAGCACUACAGUAUCACAUUAGCAAACUGUCGUUGUCUACUGAAAUACAGGAUUUUACAAAUGAGUCUGAGGUCGAUGAAGUAGAAGCAGCACUUUCUAAUUUGGAAGUGACCCUGGAAGGUGGAAAAGCAGACAACACUUUGGAGGACAUUACUGAUAUCCCUAAACUUGCAGAUAAUCUCAGAUUAUUUAGGACCAAGAAGCUAAUAUUAAAAGCUUUCAAACAAUAUUGGUUCGUCUUUAAAGACACGUCUAUAGCCUACUUUAAAAAUAAGGAACUUGAACAAGGAGAACCAGUAGAAAAACUAAAUCUUAGAGGCUGUGAAGUUGUGCCAGAUGUAAAUGUAGCAGGGAGAAAAUUUGGAAUCAAGUUAUUAAUCCCAGUUGCUGAUGGUAUGAAUGAAGUAUAUCUGAGAUGUGACCAUGAGAGUCAGUAUGCCCAGUGGAUGGCUGCCUGCAUCUUGGCAUCAAAGGGCAAAACCAUGGCGGACAGCUCCUACCAGCCAGAGGUCCUUAACAUCCUUUCAUUUCUGAGGAUGAAAAACCGGAACUCAGCAUCUCAGGUGGCUUCCGGUCUUGAAAACAUGGAUAUGAACCCGGAAUGUUUUGUGUCACCUAGGUGUGCAAAAAAGCACAAGUCUAAACAGCUGGCAGCCCGCAUCCUGGAAGCCCAUCAGAACGUGGCCCAGAUGCCCCUGGUCGAAGCCAAGCUGCAGUUCAUUCAGGCAUGGCAGUCUCUACCUGAAUUCGGCCUCACCUACUACCUUGUCAGAUUUAAAGGAAGCAAGAAAGAUGACAUUCUGGGAGUUUCAUAUAACAGGUUGAUUAGAAUCGAUGCAGCCACUGGGAUUCCAAUUACAACAUGGAGAUUUACAAAUAUGAAACAGUGGAAUGUAAACUGGGAAAUCCGGCAGGUGGCGAUCGAAUUUGACCAGAACGUCUCCAUCGCAUUCACCUGCCUGAGUGCGGAUUGCAAAGUCGUGCAUGAGUACAUCGGCGGCUACAUUUUCCUGUCCACCCGCUCCAAGGACCAGAAUGAAACGCUCGAUGAGGACCUGUUCCACAAGUUGACGGGCGGCCAGGAGUGAGCAGAGCAGGCCUGCUGGGCCUACACAGAGGGCGGGCCUACCCGGACGUUGGGUCAACGGCCUGCACCAUGUGUACAUUCCAGGCUGACAGCGUAUAUUCACCACCGGACACCCAGACCCUCGCCUCAUUUGCAGCACCCUGCCUAGCACGUCCCUCUCCUCGCUCUGCCCUCUGCUACCCGCUGUGGAAGGGGCCUCAGUUAACCUCUUCUGUAACGCGGGGCGGAAGAGAGGACCCUGCUCGGCAUUACUCUAAGGCUCCGCGUGUAGCUAUGACCUGCAGAACCUGCAAGUGCAUGGCUAGAAGCUGUCCGUGUGCUUAUUUGCUUUGUUGCUAAGUCACAGGAAAGACAGGUUAAAAGCACAUAUAGCAAAGACAAAUCUUAUUCCCCAAACUCAGGUAUGAAAAGAAAUAUGUCUUUCCUUAACAGAAGUGCCUUUAACUACCAUCUUGUGAAAUGGCAUAGGGAACCCCUGAAUACACUUCUGUCCUGUAGGUCAAAGUCUGGGGGUGAAGGUCUGGGGAAAGGUGGGGUUACCUGGUACCGGUUGGCAACAAGGAGUCAGAGUAGUGGCCCUCAGUGUCAUUAGUCCUGAGUGACAUCUGCCAAGGUGACCAUUGACCCAUCUGGUCUUGAACAUUG